UUUUAACGAUGUACCUCUCCACCCACCCAACACUCUGCUAGUCCUCCCUAGCUAGCCCAAGUAGUAUUUUGACAAGACUCUCUCACUCACUCUGGAGUUUUAAAUUUAGAGCAACCUGGAAGAACAUUCAGUUCAGAUCAUGUCUUCUCAGCUGAAAGAAUUAAUGAAAUGAGGUUUUCUCACUUGGGUUUUUAGAGCUGUGUUCAUCUGCGUCCUGCUCCUGCUAUUGUAUUUUUGGCUUCCGGUACGUGGGCUUUUAUACAGAUUCUGCAACUCUCUCUUGUUUUCUGUUCAAUCAUGGAGCUUUAGUUUCAAUGUUGCCUUUUUCUUCAUUCAAUCAUGGAGAAAAGGGAAGCAUGUGCACUGGUGUUUCAGUUCUGCACUUUAGGCUGGUUUCUGUUGUUGGAUUUUGGUGGACAUUGUAGGACAAGUCAGUAUCAGCUGUAGAAUUCAUUUGUAUUUGAAUAUUCAGAUUGUCGUGUACACGUAAUGGUGGCUUUAGGAGGUUUCCUGAUCUGGGUCCUUGAUAUCAGCAACAACAACACACACAGAACUGGGAUUCUUGUUCAACUUGUAGCUUUAUCAAGUUUAUGGUGUUUAGUUUCAGGACUAGGUUCUAUGUCCUCCAUUGCAGUUUCUUAUGGUGAGAAAGGUCCAGUUUACUGUGGCUUAAACUUAAAUGGGUCUCAUCUUGUGACCUGUUAUGGAUCAAACUCAGCCAUAACAUAUGGAACCCCAAUUCAUUUCCCAUUUAUUGGUCUAACUGCUGGCGAUGGCUUUGUUUGUGGUCUGCUCAUGGAUUCUAACCAACCAUAUUGUUGGGGUAGCAGUGGUUAUAUUCAAAUGGGUGUCCCUCAACCCAUUAUUAAAGAUGCGCAAUAUGUAGAAAUCAGUGCAGGUGAUUACCAUUUGUGUGGAUUGAGAAAACCUCUGACUGGCAGUCUCAGAAACAUGUCCUUUGUUGAUUGUUGGGGCUAUAACAUGACCAAAAACUAUGUGUUUGAUGGCCAGUUGCAGUCCAUUUCAGCAGGGUCAGAGUUCAAUUGUGGAUUGUUUUCGCAGAACAGGACAGUGUUUUGCUGGGGUGAUGAGACUAGUAGCAGGGUGAUCCGUUUGAUCCCUGCAGACAUGAGGUUCCGGAAGAUUGCAGCUGGUGGGUAUCAUGUGUGUGGGAUUUCAGAGGGUGUGAGUUCUAGAACAUUUUGUUGGGGAAGAAGCUUGGACAUUGAAGAAGAAAUCUCAGUGGCAUAUUCAGGUCAAGGAAAUGUUGAUUUGGCUCCAAAGGUCCCAAUGCUUUCAAUUGUGGGAGGGAAGUUCCAUGCGUGUGGAAUCAAGAGCUAUGACCAUGGUAUCAUUUGCUGGGGAUUUAUUGUGAAACAAAGCACACCCGUUCCUAAGGGUAUCAAGGUUUAUGACAUUGCUGCUGGAAAUUACUUCACUUGUGGGAUUCUUGCUGACAAGUCAUUCUUACCUGUUUGUUGGGGACUUGGAUUUCCGACUUCUCUUCCGUUACCGGUUCCACCGAGGUCCUGCAGGUCUACUCCAUGUGCUCCUGGCUUCUAUGAACUCGACCAGGACAGUGCCUCUUGCAAAGAUCCCAACUCUCACAUUUGCAUGCCUUGCAGCACUGGCUGUCCUCCUGAAAUGUACCAAAAAAUUGAAUGUACAAUGAACUCUGAUAGACAGUGUGAUUAUAACUGUUCUAUUUGUUCCUCAGCUGAAUGCUCCACAAACUGUUCUUCAUCGUACGCUAAUUCAAAGAGGAAUGAAAGGUUCUGGUCUCUGCAAUUGCCUGUCAUUAUUGCUGAGAUUGCCUUCGCUGUAAUAUUGGUCAGUGUUGUGUCUCUAACUGCAGUUUUAUAUGUCCGCUACAAGUUACAUGACUGUCAUUGCACGGAAAAAGAAUUAAAGUCUACAAAGAAUGGUCGUGGUGGUUCUCCUUUCCAGAAAGACAUUGGCAAGAUUCGUCCAGACUUGGAUGAUAUGAAGAUACGGCGGGCUCAGAUGUUUACUUAUGACGAACUGGAAAGAGCAACUUCAGGGUUUGAAGAAGAGUCUGUUGUGGGGAAGGGAAGCUUCUCCUCAGUUUUUAGAGGUGUUUUGAAGGAUGGAACAGUUGUUGCUGUGAAGAGGGCUAUAAUGUCUCCUAACAUGCAAAAGAAUUCGAAAGAGUUCCAUACUGAGCUAGACUUGCUCUCCAGAUUAAACCAUGCUCAUUUACUUAACUUGCUUGGCUAUUGUGAAGAAGGUGGAGAGAGGCUUCUCGUGUAUGAGUUCAUGGCUCAUGGAUCAUUGCACCAACACCUCCAUGGAAAGAACAAAACCUUGAGAGAGCAAUUAGACUGGGUUCGGAGAGUCACAAUUGCAGUCCAGGCAGCUAGGGGAAUUGAAUAUUUGCAUGGUUACGCUUGCCCACCAGUGAUUCAUAGAGAUAUUAAGUCUUCAAAUAUUCUGAUCGAUGAGGAACACAAUGCACGAGUAGCUGAUUUUGGUUUGUCACUCUUGGGACCUGCAGAUAGUAGUUCCCCAUUGGCUGAGCUACCAGCAGGAACUCUCGGGUAUCUUGAUCCCGAGUACUACAGGCUUCACUACUUGACAACCAAAUCUGAUGUUUACAGUUUUGGUGUUCUGCUUUUGGAGAUUCUGAGUGGCAGAAAAGCAAUUGAUAUGCAGUAUGAAGAAUCAGGAAAUAUAGUUGAAUGGGCAGUGCCUCUGAUCAAGGCAGGAGACAUAAUCGCAAUUUUGGAUCCGGUUUUGAAACCCCCACCUGAUGUUGAAGCCUUGAAAAGAAUUGCCAAUGUAGCUUGCAAAUGUGUUAGGAUGAGAGGCAAGGAGAGGCCAUCAAUGGAUAAAGUGACAACAGCACUAGAACGAGCUCUUGCGCUGCUAAUGGGCAGCCCCUGUAAUGAGCAGCCGAUUCUGCCAACUGAGGUGGUAUUGGGAAGCAGUAGAUUGCACAAGAAGUCAUCACAAAGAUCUUCAAACAGGUCAGUCGAAACUGAUGUUAUAGAUGCGGAGGAUCAGAGGUUUGAGUUCAGAGCUCCUUCAUGGAUCACAUUUCCAAGUGUUGCUUCUUCCCAGAGGAGAAAAUCUUCGGUCUCAGAUGCUGAUGCUGAUGGGAAGAACUCCACAGAAGCUAGAAAUAUGGGGAAUGGUGGUGAUGGUUUGAGGAGUUUGGAGGAAGAGAUUGGGCCAGCUUCACCUCAAGAGAAGUUCUUGCAGCAUAAUUUUUAAACUGACCAAACCAUGCUGCGUUUAUCUAGUUGACAGGAUUGGAUUGCAUUUAGUUAAAUUCUUGGUUGGAGAAUGAAAUGUAAAAAACAUGUGUAAUUUCCUGGACAGCUAUACGUAGCUACCACUAUAUUUGUUGUU